AUGAGUUUUAUCGGACCAGCCAGACCGCCACCAACCACACAAAACAAUGAUAAUGAACAAAAAACUGAAGUAAACUUUAGAGAUUCAAACAACAAUAAAAAACGUACAUUAGAAGAAAAUAAUAACAAUGACAAUAACAACAACAACUACAAACAAUUAAAUAAUGAUGAUAUUCAAUCACCUCAACCUCCACCAAAAAAGUCUGUUAUUGGUCCAUCACUAAAUGAAACUGACAAUGAUAAAACUACAAUACUAUCUCCACAACUGCCACCAACAAAGAAAAUUAUUGGCCCAAGAUUAGAUGAUGAAACUGAUAAUAAUAAUAAUAAUAAUAAUAAUAAUAAUAAUAAUAAUAAUAAUAAUAAUAAUAAAAAAGAUAAUAAUAUAAUACUAGGACCACAACCACCUCCAUCUAUAAGUAAAAGAGUUAUUGGUCCAAGAUUAGAUGAUGACAAUAAUAAUAAUGAUAAUGAUAAAUUUAAUAAUAAUAAUAAAAAAGCAAUUGGCCCAUCUAGAAUUGGACCAACAAUUGGUCCAUCAAUUGGACCAUCAAGAUAUAAUACAAAUAAUAAUGAUAGUAAUCAUAAUAGUAAUAAUGAUGAUGAUGAUGAUAGUAGUGAAGAAGAUGAAGAAGAUACAAAAUCAGAAUGGGAGAGAGUAAGAAAUAUGAUUGAAAAUAAUAAAAAUGGUGAUACUGAUAGUACAAAUAAAACAACAAAAAGAGAGGAAUGGAUGACAAUGAUGCCAACUGGUAGAAUUGAUUCAAUGUCAAAUAGACAAUUCAGUCAAAAAGGUAAUGUUGGUUCAAUAUCAACAACAACAACAACAACAACAGGAGGAACUACUCCUGUUGAAGGUUCUAAACAAUUAUUUGAAAAAUUAAGACAACAAGAAACUGAAGAAAAAAUGAAGCAAUAUAAUGAUAAAAACAGAUCCUCUUCCUUGUUAUCAAUGCACCAAAAAAAGCAAUCCUCAUCAUCAUCAUCAUCAUCCAAUAGUAAUAAAAAAGAUUACACAUUCAAUAGAGAUGAAGAAUUACAAAUAAGUAAAGUUGAUAAAGAACAUUUAAAUAAUAUUGUUAGAGGUUCCUCUGAAUUAAAUACUAAAUUUGGUAAAAGUAAUUGGAUAUUAAACUGUUUUUUAAGGAUAUUUCAUUGUUUUGACCCAAAAAUAAAUUUUUUCUUUUUUUUUUUUUUUUUUUUUUUUUUUUUUUUUUUUUUUGAAAACUAA